ACAGCCUGAAGGAUAUCGUGAAACCAAGCACGAUCGCUCAAGGCUCAACUCAAGUUCUAUCGAAGUUUUCAGACAGAAGCUAGAGAUGGAAGUUUCCGGCGUCGUUCUCCGACAGAUUCCGUUUGUUUCAGGCUCCGUUGCCGAUGGCCGUUACUCCGGUCUCCGAUUUUCCGGCAAUACGGGGACGGUAGGGUUUCGGACGAGGAGAUUCAGCGGCAUCAUGUGUAAUAACGAUUUUGCUGAUAAAGGUCACAUGAGUUACUAUUCUGGGACGACGAGAUGUGGCGGUGAGGGGAAGGUUUUGGAGAAGGAAAAGAAGAAGGAGCUGAAGAAGAAGGCUAAGGUUCUUAAAGCUCUUUCUAAAAACUUGAACAUGUUCUCAAGCAUAGGGUUUGGUCUUGAUCCAGAAGCUGGGUUGGUCGCUGAGAUUCAAAGCAAGACAAUCUCGGAAGCAACAGAGAUUCUUGUUAAGCAACUGGAUCAGUUGAAAGCAGAGGAGAAGCAAUUGAAGAAACAGAGGAAGGAAGAGAAGGCGAAAGCUAAAGCUUUGAAGAUGAUGACUGAAAUGGACUCUGAAUCGUCUUCUUCUUCUUCGUCUGAAUCAAGUGACAGUGAUUGUGGCAAAGGGAAAGUUGUUGACAUGAGCUCUUUGAGAAACAAGGCUAAACCGGUUCUUGAGCCGUUACAACCAGAAUCUAGUUUAGCAACCCUUCCUAGAAUCCAAGAGACUCUGAUUCCUAAGAAGCUUGCUCUGUUGCAAUCAGCUGCUGCAUCCACAGCCUUUCCCUCGAUUGUUAAUCCCAGAUUGCCAUUGAAGACGGUAGAAGCAGUUCCAGUUGUUGGAUUGCCGUUGAAGAGAGUGGAAGUUUGUAUGGGAGGAAAGUGCAAGAAAUCAGGAGGAGCAGUGUUGUUGGAUGAGUUUCAGAAGGCAAUGACGGGGAUGGAAGGAUCUGCAGUGGCGUGCAAGUGCAUGGGGAAGUGUAGAGAUGGUCCAAACGUUAGAGUGGUGAACGAGACUGAUGCUGUGAUGACUGAUUCGGUUAGAACACCUUCCAAGACCGUUUGCGUAGGAGUUGGGUUGCAGGAUGUGGAAACUAUUGUCACAAGUUUUUUUGGUGAAUAAUUUAGAGCAGAGAAUAUGUCUUUGGAUUAUGUCUCGUAUUGAAAGUGUUUUUAAACAUAUGAUCAAAGUGGUGUAUGCAUAUAGUUUGCGAUGUUUUUUUCUCAUUGUACAGACCUGUCUUCCUGUGUGCAUUUUCCAGUGGAACAUUGAUAAAUAUAAACAUCUUCUCUGUACUUUGGUCUUGACAAAGACACUAUAUAUGUUGCAAUAAAAGGCUGUUUCUU